AUGGGAUUCUUCCGAUAUCUGCACAAGGUGCUGAGGAACCACACCACCCACACCUGCGAUGGGGAGCAGCUCCUCAUCAUCUGCCCUCGCAAGACCACCAUCAGCAUCCUUGGUGCCUUCUAUGGGCGUCGUGUGCCUAGCCCCAACCUCUGCCCCAGCCCCGGCAAUGUGUCCCAGGAGAGCACCGAGUGCAUGUCAGCCACUGCCCACCUGGGCUCUGACAAACCCCGGGCAGAUGGGACAACGUGGUGGGGGCCAGCAGGAGAGUCCCUUGAUGGGGACAGGGUUUCACGGAACCAUCGGGUCAAGACCGUGUGUGAGAACGACAAGCUGAGGCUGCAGUGCCGACCAAAAUCCAUCCUGGCCAUUUAUUCUGCAAAUUACGGACGGUUCCUGCGGGGCAAACCGGAGUGCGAUGCCCUGAAUGCUGCGGGACCCCAUAUAGAGUGCUUGUCUCCGGAUGCCCUGCGGAGGGUCUCCAAGAAGUGCCACCACAAAGGGGGCUGCUGGGCACGAGCAGGGUGGUGAUGCUCGGCAUGUGCUCUCCUUGCAGUGCCCAGGCAGCUGCUGGAGGAGGUGGGCCCUGACACCUCGGACCCCUUCCUGCUCUCGGACUACAUGCACGGUGGCUGGUACAAAGGGCCCAGGUUCUCCAGGCUCCGGGAAGACCAGAUGAUUUUUACUAGCUCUCUGGCAGCUUUUGCCCACCUUUGGGGUGUCCCAGAGAAAGUUGGGCUCUACUUUCUUUGUGGGGUCUCGGGAGGCCUCAUGCUCCUACUGUGCAUCGUCAGCCCCAAAUCAACCUUCCUCCAGGAGAUGGGGGAGGCUUUAAAAGACCCAGAGCUGGGGAGCAGCUUGGAGCUGAGCAGGACCAAGCUGCGGGAUGAGCAGGACGAAGACCUUCCCGACGACAGCUCCUCGGACUCCUCCUUCCGCCGCCUCACCCGCACCUACCGGGCCACUGACAGCAUCUUCAGCCCUGAGCUGACGGCAGCCAUGGAGGGAGCAGUGGAGCACCAGGGCCGUGGUGGGGAGGAGAUCUGGAUGCCCAAGGAGUCCAGCCCGUAUGCCAUCCACAAGAUCAAAUCGGCCACCAAGUAA